AAUUAUUGUUUUCUCUGGCUUUGCGACUUGCGAGAUUCAACAAUUGCAUUUGAAAAUUAAAACAUAUUUUUCAAAUAAAAUAAUAACUUUAUUGGUAUUAUUGUUCUAUUUUAUCUAAAUAAUUGUAAGCUACGUAUAUUUAUAUGCUAAGAUUAAUGCACUGAAAUAAGAAAGAAAAGAAUAUAAAUCAUAAAAUGGUGUCUAGACCUACGUGCCCUGGAAAAAUAUGUUGAAAAACAACUGUGACGUCACAAACAAUUUUAACCAGCUGCAAUUGGAAUAGAGGCUCAAGGAUUUAUAAGUAAAUUAUUAAUAUAUCAAAAUGGGUGGUGCCGUGAGCUCGGGUCGCGACAACAAUGAGUUGAUAGACAAUCUGUUGAGUGGGAACUAUAUACGCACUAGGCGGGUAGAAAAAGUAUUUCGGGCUUUGGAUCGUGCGGAUUAUAUGACACCUGAGGCUAGGGACCAGGCUUAUAAAGAUCUAGCUUGGAGGAAGGAACCCUUUCAUUUGUCUUCACCAUGCAUUUACAGUGAGGUGAUGGAGGGACUUGAGCUGAAGCCUGGGCUGUCGUUCCUGAACGUUGGAUCGGGCACAGGAUACCUGAGCACUCUAGCCGGGCUGAUCCUGGGCACCGCAGGCAUCAGCCACGGGGUGGAGGUGCAUCCCAUCAUUGUGGAAUAUGCCACCAAGAAGCUCAGCCAGUUCAUUGAAAACUCUCCAUCCUUGGACGACUUUGACUUUUGCGAACCUAAGUUUUUCACGGGCAAUGGGCUGUGCAUAGCUCCUCUUCAGUGUGGCUAUGAUCGAGUUUACUGCGGGGCUGGCUGUCCUGAAGAAUAUGAAAAUUACUUCAAGAAUCUUAUUAAGGUUGGAGGCAUCCUAGUGCUGCCCAUCAAUGACACUCUGCAGCAGGUGAAGCGAGUGUCAGAGAACAAGUGGGUGUCUCGCAGCCUGCUCAAUGUGUCCUUCUUGAACUUACAAGUGCCGACGCAAGAGGACUCCUUGGACAGCGUUAAAUUGGCUGAGUUGAUGCCGCCGCGUCUGCAGCUGCUGGCCAGGGCGCGGGUACGCGCUUCCAUGAGGGAGGGUGUCAUUCGCAGGAAUCCGGAGUUGAAGGAAAGGCCAUGGCGCCGACCACGACGUGUGUCCUGCCCGAGGAAGAUCUGCAUACCUAUUGAACCCGGCGGUGAAGUCCAGAACCUCAAUGUCCUCCAUGAUCUAGACUCAGAGAGUGGUGCGAAUGAAAUGAAUGCUUUAUUAAGCCUUGUGAUAAGCAUGGGCCAGAACAGAGUGGCCGGCGCCCUGCGCUUCGACAGAGUCGCUAGACGGUCCAACGAUUCUGACGAUUCCGACGAACAAACGGGUGGAAGUCGAAACGGAGACGAUGAUGACUCCAGCGAUGAUGAUGACAGCGACGGAAAUGACGGUACAGACAAUACAGUGGAAAAGAGCCCAAAAACAAAGACUGAUAAGGUUGAAAGUGCUGAAGAAGCAAAUAUAGAAAUGGCAGAUGAAACACAAGAAAAUAAGGACAAGGCUCAAGAGAACACAAAGACUGAUCAAGAGACAGAAAACAAUGAUAAGUCUGAUAAAUCGUCAGAAAUAGAUAAAGACUCUAGUUAUUACAAGAGUGAAGAUACUGCCAAGAGUGAGACAUCUCGGGAUAAAGAAACAGAGUCCCACAGCGAUCAAGCUCUUGAAUUAAUUAGGAAGCUGAAGAAGAAGAAAUACUGGGGCAAAAAAAGCAAGAAGUGUGGGAAGCUAUCGAGGAAGAACAUUAGAAAAUCAUCCAGUGACUCAGUUGAUGAUGAAAAGCCCUCAACCUCUAAAGAAGGUGAAGAUAAAGACAAUAACAAAAAGACGCCGCGAUCGAAAACACCUAUUAAUGAAGACAGUAGUGAUGAUGAUGAUGAUAAACCUGACUCAUCCAAUCCGCGGAUGCCAUCCGAAGUAGAAAUAUACAUACCAAAGAUGCAAGAACCGGGCACAUCUGCUGAAAUGGACUGGGAGGAGGCUAGACCCAAACCCAAGGAGGGAGAGGACAAUGAAGGAGUCUCCAAGAGCAAGGCAAAGAGGCAAAAGCUUGAUAGCGGGAUUGGAGAAAACACUCCAAGCAGCUCCCCUAAGUCGAAAUCUGAUGAUUCGGAAGAGUCGGAAAGUGAUAAUUCAGAUAGUUGGGAAACAGAUACGGAACCUGAACCGUCUACAGGUCGCCGCCGCCGCUCGUCCCGCUCCUCCGGCCGCUCGUCCGGGCGUCCCUCCCUCGAGGAGGUGAUCGAGCGCGCGGAGGCCCGCCGGCUGCGGCAGCGGCAGCGCAGGAUCGCGCGGGGCGGGGACGCGAGGCGGGUGCGCCUGUCGCUGCUCAUGAAGCGGGCGGUCAGGGAGCUGCCGCUGCCGCAGCCGCUGAAGAAAUUUGUGAACUGGGGCCGUUGCUACGAAUUCUAGAAAAAGAAGCAGCGGCUAGGUGGAGUGAUGUUAUUGGUGUUGUUGUACGUAAUUACACUUUUAUACAUUAUAUUAAUCUAUUAUCUAUUAGCCGUCAUUGAGUCAUCUCACUAAGUGUAAACAAAUACGCAUGUAAAUCUAGUAUAACUAGAAACAAUUAAUUUAACUUUAAAACUAUCAUAUAUAAAAAAAAAUAAGAUGAUCUUUAUUUUAUUGGAAUUGUCAAUGAACUUUUGUUUCUCAUACUGAAUGUAUCCGACUCGAAGGACCAUUUAGGUUCUUCAAGGAAUAUUUACAAUCAUAUAAUUUUUAUCUUUCUGGUGUUUUCUAUGUGUUACUUAAUUUUUCGAAUAUUAUCUGUUAAGUUAUUAUUAAUAACAACAUAAAUAGGUGCGCUCAAUGAAUGGCAUUAUAGGAAUAAAUAUGAAAUAACUAUUUAGCCUUAAACGACCAUAUAUGACUAGCGAACAGCAUCCUAAGAAUAUAUUGUAGUUUUUAAAUGUUAGGCUAAUUUUUACAGAUAUCUGGUAGUAAGGUAACACCUUUAUACAAUGGUUAUCAGACCCAAGUGCGAUGUGACCAUCUCACGCUGGGUUCCGUAUGUAAUAUUUCGUAAUUAAUGUACUUUGAAUAUUUAUGUCAAUUGGUGUCGUCAUAGCUGAUUAUCCUCAAUUUUAAGAAAAAAAUUGAUGGGAAAUAAUUAACUGUUGGUGUAAUUUUCGAAAAGUGUUAUCCGAUAAAUUUAAGUAAAUAACCAAGUUUUCAGAAUAAAUCUCGCAGAGAAACGUGUUACUAGUCCACUUAUGAUUUAUGGAAUACUAAUGAAACUAUAUCUACCUACUCGUUUUAACAAAGGAAAUGCAAGAACAAAAUGUCUCGAUUUUACCGCCAUGAUGACGCCACCAUCAUAAUAUAAAUAGAUUUAAGCUACAUACUCGUUUAGAAAACAUACAUAAAUAUAUAUUUAAAAUAUUAUUUGGAGUGAGAUUAACAGUGCGUGAUAAAGAGAGGAUUUAUUCAGAUGUUUAUUAUAUUUCCUUUGGGCGCUUCGUAUCCCAACUAUGUAUAUAAUUGUACACUUAUGUUUAUAUUGUAUUUAGUGAUAAUUUCGCUUAUGAAAAGUUUUAAAAUGGACGUCAAGACUGCUCUGCGAACUCAUGUGAAAGACAUCACAAUGUUUCCUGGUUAGGCUCUAGUCACUUUGUGGGAAAUGUAAAAAUUAGUGCCCGGUGUUGUCGGUGUUUAUUUGCCAAUGUUUCAAGUUGAUUCGAUUUAUAAUAAUUUGUUUUAAGUUUGGAGUUUUUUUUUAAUAUUGUUUCUUUCAUGGAAUGUUUAAUACCGCGCCGAUAGAGUAGCCAAUUAUAAAUGGUGCCAUUCAUUUUCAAUUCUGAAAACCUUAUAAAACAGUAAUUUGAACUGAAAUGCAGCAAUCGAUGACAUUUUUAAUUCGUUAACUCUACGGUGGGGUUCUAGGAAUGGAAAAUGUGGUACACUUGUUAUAUAUUAUUCUAACGUUAAGUAUAUUGUGAACUGCAAUAGAAUUUAUUGGCAUCUUUGUUUAUUCUUGUAAGUUUAUGAUUUCGCAAUGGAAAUGUUAUGAUCAUUAUUUUCGUAAUUGUAAAUAUUGUCAUUUGUUUUAUUUGCACGCUAAUGUAUAAUUUCUUAGAUAUAUUUGUUUCUUUCUGAUAAUUCUAUGUAAUCGCCGUUCUAAAAUAAAUAAUAAUUAUUAAAA